AUGCCGUACUUCUUCAAGCCGCUGAGUAGACGCGCAGGUGGGCUGCUUGCGGCGGCGGCGGCGGUAGCGGCGGGCCUGUGCGCAUUGGACGGCUGCCGUGACGGGGAGCUGCGCCGCGCGCGGCGCGAGCCCGCCGUGCCGCUCUUUGACGCCAGCGCCGUGGAGCGCGUGGAGGAGCACGCGCGCCGCCCCUGCCAAGCCUUCCCCGGCUACGCCGUGGUGGUGUCGAACUACUACGCCCGCACCCCCGCGGCUGGCGCGCCCAGCGGCGGUGGCGGUGCACCGCCGCUCACACGGUUGCGCGAGUUGUUUUCAAACGAGACGCACACCGUCGUGCAGCGCGGGGACCCGCUGGCGGAGGAGAACCAGCUGCACACUGUGCGUGAGGUGGUUGGGGACGCGCGGGCGCGGGCGCCGGCCGCGACGCCGGCUCCGUUCCUCGCCUCCUCGACGUGGCCGCCGGGGACGGCGAAGUACGCGGCGAUGACGAUUGAGCCGACAGCGUCUGCGGUCUUGGCCGCGGGGGAACCCAUCGGCGCGCUCCGCCGCCUGGCGGACCGGACGACGCAGCAGUCGCUCAUUCGCUGCGACCCCUUUGCCUCCCCCGCCAUCAACUGCGCCGGAGACGCGAGUUACUUGGGGGCGCCGUACCUUCGCACCAUGUUGAGUGCUUUCCUGCUCCUGCCGCUGCCGCUGCCGCGACUGCGCGUGGCGGUGCUUGGCGUUGGCGGCGGCUCCCUCCCCUCGUUUCUGCAGCGCUACUUCUCACGGGACAUGACGCGGCUGGACCUGGUCGACGCCGAGCCGCAGUGUUUCCGGGCGGCUGUGGAGGACCUCGGCCUGCGCGAGACGAUGCGAGGGGGCGUGAUGGCGUGCCACGUCUGCGACGCCGCCGCGUUCCUGCGGGAAACCGUCGUGGGGGCAAGUGGGGCCGCUCCCGCCGGUGAAGUGGCUCCGCCUGUCGAGGGCCACCAACACGGCCGGCGCUACGACGUCCUUUUUGUAGAUCUGUUUGUGGGUAGUGCGCCCCCCGCCUUCCUUUCCUCGCCGUCGUUCCUGCAGUUGUGUCACGAGGCGCUAUCGUCCGUGGGUGUGGCGGCGUUUAACCUGCCGGCACCAGACCCCGAGUUUACAGACACGUGUCGCCGAGUGUUUGGCCGCGGCAAUGUUUUCCAGUUCCCUGUCCCUGCCUCCGCCAACGUGGUGGUGCUUGCACGACGCGUCGUAGGGGGUGACCUGGGCAGUGGCGUGUCCAUCUCCCGUCGCCACUUCUACCGACGAGCAAAGGCACUGCAAAAAUCCCACGCGUUACCGUAUGACAUUGCAGAUCACUAUCCCUUCUGGUGGCGCUUUUGGUAG